GGACAAGUCAUGUAAGGGCGUCAUUUUGGAGUAUUGUUAUCAAUUGUCAUGACGAGUAGUUUAUCAGCCAAACUCUAUUCAGGUAGCCGCUAUACUGGACAUGAUAUACCUAUGAUAGGUUUUGGUACCUGGAAAGCUGAACCUGGAGUUGUAGGAGAAGCAGUUGAUCUUGCUGUUCAGACUGGUUAUCGUCAUAUUGACUGUGCUGCUGCUUAUUGUAACGAGAAAGAAAUUGGUCGAGUUUUUCAAACCAUCUUUUCCAGUGGAAAGUGUAAAAGAGAGGAUUUAUUUGUCACUUCCAAACUAUGGAACACUUGUCAUAAGAAGGAGCACGUCGUUGCUGCUUGUAAACAGACCUUGAGCGAUUUGGGAUUGGAAUACUUGGACUUGUAUCUUGUGCAUUGGCCAGUUGCUUUUGAAUAUACUGGACUUCCUAUUACAGGAGAUAUUGCUAUGCCACUUGACUCCAACAGAAAGCCUCGACUUGUUAGUGUAUCUUUGAAAGAGACUUGGCAAGCGAUGGAGUCUUUGGUGCAUAGUGGACUCGUGAAGAAUAUUGGAGUAUCCAAUUUUCAUAUUGUCGAGUUGUUGGACUUGAUGACUUAUUGUGAGAUUCAACCCGCAGUGAAUCAAAUAGAAAUGCACAUUUACAAUCAACAAGAAGAUUUGAGAGCCUUUUGUGCCAAACAUAAUAUUCAUGUAACUGCAUAUUCACCUUUGGGAAGUGGUAGAAUGGGACCUUUGCAAGAUCCUCUCGUUCAGAAAAUAGCACAACAACUUGGAAAGACUCCUGCUCAAGUUUGUUUGGCUUGGGCUCGCAAUAAAGGAGUUUCUGUGAUACCUAAAAGUGUUACACCCAAAAGAAUAGAAGAAAACUUUGAUUGUGGCUUUGCAUUAACAACCGAAAUGAUGCAACAACUUGCCACAUUGGAUAAACAACAAAUCGUUUGUGAUACCAAAGAGUAUUGGAAUUUAGCUGUCAAUUCUUAAUCGAAAGGAAAUGAUACACUUCAUAAAGCAAUAUGUGUUUGUCUUUAUGUUUUCAUUAUCAUGGAAAGAAAGUUUACAAUCGUAUCCUCUUCGUUUACACUGAACUGUUGUUGAAAAUGAUUCAAGAUAGUGUUGAUGAGUUGUUGUCUUUUAUAUCCUUUCUCCAAAGGAAGAUGAAACUGUAUACAAUAUUUUUCCAAUGAACUAUCGGAUAAUCUU